CUCUCAGGGGAGAUAGAGUUGUUAUUGUUUGUUGUUUUAAGCCCGAAUUUGGUCCCACCACUCUCAAGAGAGAAGAGAAGAGAUAGCAGAAGUCAGUUAUAGCCCACUGACAGGGACUACAUGGGACGGCCCACUCCAGAGAGCAUCUGAUGGGAUUAUAACACUCUUUCCAGCUCACUUUUUUUUUUUCCCCCCACUAAGAAUAACUCUGCUCAGUCUGUUUGGUGGUGCAGCAUCACAGCGGCAACCCAAUGUUCAGAUGGACAUCUUUGUCUCAAGUUUGUUGGACCUGAUUUUUAAAGACAGAAAAAUAACUUGGGGCCAUUGAGGAAUUUUCUUUGCCUGCUCAUUUGGAAGAACUCAAGCUUUCUGUUUCCCAUUUAGGAGUACGUGGAGAGAGAAAAAAACACACGAGAGAAGCGUUUGUCUUGGCAAGUCUGUGGUGGACUGAAAGGAGAACGAAUAAGGAAGUUGUCCCAGAUGAGCACUGACAGCUGAUACCACACUCAUUUGCACCUAAAUUUGAUUCAGCCCCAUAUUUUCACUGUCUGUGAGAUGAUCGGCUAACUGGUCUCUAACAGUCAAGACUCGUUGCCUUUUUAGGCUCUUCACACACACGCGCACACACACACACACACACACACACACACACACACACACACACACACACACACACACACACACAACACACACACACACACACACACACACACACACACACACGCUGAGCUGAACCUUAUUGAAUCUUCCUUUUCCACUAAAACACAUGGACAUAUUCUUAACACCGGGACCAAAAGCUGAACCGCAAAUUGAAUUUCCAGUUUGAUGCACUUUGAUCCGUUGAUGCUGCACUGAGCUGGAAAUAGCUUCUAGCUAAUAACCUUUAUCUUAUAAAUACAGAGAAUACUCAGCAGCCCUGUCUUCCUUUCGUUUUAGCUUGCACCAGGUGCAGCUGAUGAGGCUCUUGUGAUUUGCAUAUUGGUGUUGUUUUACAUUUGUCAUUCUUGGACCUGUUCUUCUUGCACUACCCUGUCAGAGGGACACCUAUAACUUGUGGCCACAGACAACAUAAAGGAAUGUGAACAGCUCUCCUUUCCGAUUCAUGACAGCAUGGGGGUUUUGGUCGAGCCACAGAAGUUCACUUUGUUUAUCCCUCGUCUCCCAAAGCUGCUAUUUUAAUGCCCCUCUGAACCCGUCCUAACUCUUUUCGAACCGCCAAUAAAAUGAUGAACAAAGACUCCCGCUUUUCAAGGAAGAUGCACGGCAACUUCUCCACCCGCAGGCACUCGUGCAUUGGUUUUGAUGUGGAGAAUGGAUUGGCAGUGGGGCGCAGCCCCCUGGACCCUCAGGCCAGCCCUGGCUCUGGCUCUGGUCUGGUCCUACAGGCCAACUUUCCUCACAGCCAGCGGCGGGAAUCCUUCCUCUACCGCUCCGACUCCGACUUUGACCUUUCACCCAAAGGUCCUUCCAGAAACUCUUCCACCGCCAGUGACCUGGAAGAAAGCUUGAAGCACUGGGAAGUCAACUGGUUGUCAACUCGACAUACAGAAGACAUGAUUGUCACACCAUUUGCACAGGUCCUCGCCAGCCUGAGGACAGUCCGAAGUAACUUUGCCGUCAUAACCGGCCAGCAAGAUCGCACAGCCAGCAAGACGCGAUCCUCAGGCAACAACCCUCCAUCCAUGUGCAAGACCAGCCUCGCAGAGGAGCCUCACCAGCAGCUGGCCAUAGAGACUCUAGAUGAGCUGGACUGGUGUCUGGAACAACUAGAGACACUGAAAACUCGACACUCUGUCAGCGAGAUGGCCUCCAACAAGUUCAAGAGGAUGCUGAACCGAGAGCUCACCCAGCUGUCAGAAACCAGCCGUUCGGGGAACCAAGUGUCUGAGUUCAUCUCCAGCACCUUCCUUGAGAAGCAACAUGACAUGGACAUCAUGUCUCCCCCGACCAAGGAGAAGGACAAGAAGAAGCGGCCCAUGUCCCAGAUCAGCGGUGUGAAGAAGGCCACCCACAGCCCCAGCCUCGCCCCCUCCACCAUCCCUCGCUUUGGGGUCAACGCCAGCCAGGAAGGACUCCUAGCCAAGGAGUUGGAGGACAUAAACAGAUGGGGUAUUGACAUCUUCAAGGUCUCUGAGUAUUCUGGGAAACGCCCACUGACGGUCACCAUGUACACUGUCUUCCAGGAACGUGACCUGCUCAAGUCCUUUAAGAUUCCUGCGGACACUUUCAUUACCUUCAUGAUGACUUUGGAGGAUCAUUACCAUGCCGACGUGGCCUACCACAACAACAUCCAUGCUGCAGACGUGGUCCAGUCCACGCAUGUUUUACUGUCCACACCGGCUCUGGAGGCUGUGUUUACUGAUCUGGAGAUCCUCGCCGCUCUGUUUGCAAGCGCUAUCCACGAUGUGGAUCACCCUGGAGUUUCCAAUCAGUUUCUCAUCAACACCAACUCAGAGCUGGCCCUGAUGUACAAUGACUCAUCGGUGCUGGAGAAUCACCACCUGGCUGUUGGCUUUAAGCUUCUGCAGGAAGAUAACUGUGACAUGUUUCAGAACCUCAGCAAAAAGCAGAGACAGUCGCUGCGCAAGAUGGUCAUUGAUAUGGUGCUGGCCACAGAUAUGUAUAAACACAUGAACCUACUGGCAGACCUGAAAACAAUGGUGGAGACCAAGAAAGUCACCAGUCUAGGAGUCCUACUGCUGGACAACUACUCAGACCGCAUACAGGUCCUUCAGAACAUGGUGCACUGUGCAGACCUGAGCAACCCCACCAAGCCUCUGGAGCUGUACCGGCAGUGGACAGACCGCAUCAUGGUGGAGUUUUUCACCCAGGGGGACAGGGAGAGAGACAAAGGCAUGGAGGUCAGCCCCAUGUGUGACAAACACAAUGCCUCAAUAGAGAAGAACCAGGUGGGUUUCAUUGACUACAUCGUUCAUCCUCUGUGGGAGACGUGGGCCGACCUUGUCCACCCAGAUGCUCAGGAGAUCCUGGACACACUGGAGGAUAACAGAGAAUGGUACCAGAGCAUGAUCCCCCACAGCCCCUCACCCCACCCAGAGGGCCUGGGGGAGGGAGCCCCUACCGGGGAAGCCUCAGCGCUCGGUGGGGCCAGCGGCUCCAUUUCGGCCGACAAGUUCCAGUUUGAGCUGACCUUGGAAGAAGAGGGAGAGUCUGAUACAGAGAGUCCACCUGAGGAAGAGGAGGGCCACAGCGGCAGUAGGGGGCCUGAACUCUCCAGAACUGAUUCUGGCAGCGGAUUCAAUGCAGUAUCUGCUACGACUCGUCGGCUCACUAAAAAGCUCACUACUGAUUCAGUCAGGACGUUUUCUUUAGACUCUGAUAAAGAUAUGGCAGAAGAGAGAGAGACAGAAGAGGAAGGCGUCUCUGAGGUACCACGCUUCAGACUUGGCACAUAGCACCAGUCAAAAGUUAUAUUGCUUUUGGCCUUUUUUUUUGUUUAUUCUUCUUGAUUUCGGUGCCUCCUCUGUCACUCCUCUUCUCCCACUCCAAUCAAAACACCACCAACUCUGGUUUCUGCGGACAGGGGGACAGCAAGCCUCGGGGUAGGGAGUACGGGAGUGCGGUCUUGGGGUGUAGGGGGGUGUUAUGAAAGUCUGCAGUUUUACACAGCAGUCACUUGCACUGGAGAGAGACAGAUAGAGUCACUGUUCUAAUAGAGGACAGGAAACCAAGUUUCUGACCGGUCCUUUGAGUUCCGUGACUUUCAGUCAGUCAUACUGUGGAUAAAGUUCUACAGAGACAAUAAGAAGUUAAAAAGAAACUUCCCUUUUACCAGCCUACCCAAGGUCUACUACAACAAAUGACAGAACUGUCUUCCUCUUUUGUGAAGAAAGUGAGGAAGUGAUGAAUGAGCGUGAAAACACGACGUCUUGAAAGACAUCUUGCCAAACUUGCAAUUUACAGGGACAAUGCUGUUUUGCCUGCCUUUUUAGUUUUUCGUUUGUUUAUUCUGUUGUCUUUUAUUUAGGUCCAUACGCAGUGAAAUACGGUAAGUGAAGAUAGAGCAAAUAGCAAACUUCAAAGCAGUGUAGGCUAAGUUAUGGCAAAAAGAAGCUAUGCAUGACUUUGUGCAGGAAACUGUAAAUGCAGCAGACAUUUAAAACAUUUGUAGCACUCCUUUCAGCCCAUUUAAUUGUGUUCAGCAAGCAGUAGUUUUGGAAGAAUAUGAUUAUAAUGAAGUGGCUGGCAGUACAUAUAAUUUUUUUAGGCUUACUAUUUCCAUUUUUAUAAUCCUAAACUAUUUGAUGUUGUAAAACUGAGCCAGAUUCAGUGUAGUGUUAUACAGUCAAGGAAUUACAUCCAAAGCAAUGUGGGCUGUGCACAUGGUGCCUCCCAGUGUUGACAAGUGGAACUGAAGUUCUGGCAUUGGAGGCCAAUGAUUUUCUUAAUAUUUGGCACCCAUUUUAUCAGUCUGCCUUCAAGUUUAGCACUUUAUGAAAAUCGUAUGAACACAUUGGAGGCUGAUGACUGUUUGUCAAUGACAUGGACAUGAUGCAAAAACUAAACUCUACAGUACAGCUAUGAAUGCAUUUAGCUAUCCAUUUAAAUCCAUUACCACAUAACGUGUCACACACAGCAUUCACCUACUGCAAUACUGUGUUUUGGUAACAUCCACUUGCAUAAAUUACUAGACUGAUAAGGGCAGCGUGUUAGAAGCACAAGGGUUGCAAAGAAGGAUGUAAGCAUCAUUUUCACUGUAAAAUUCAGGAGACAGUUUCCUAUGACAGAAUUUUUUUUUUCCCAUCUUUUUUUCUCUCAUUGAUCAAUAUUUCGCUCUUCACAGGGACAUAGUCAAUGACAAAACAAGUGCCAAGCAAGCGUGACACAACCCGUACUGUAAUUUCCAUUUUGCCACUGGCUACUUUCCAUCAGUGACUGAUAAAGUUGGUUGAUUGUAGCACCCUGUGUGCCAAUCUGACCCUAGCGUCUCUGUUCCUUUUUUUUUUUUUUUAUUUACUCCUGUUCAAACAGUAACUGAAGCUGAUACUGUCUUAGAACAGUGAUGUGUUUUUUGUGUGUGAGUGAAUGACUUGGUUGACCUUUUUGAUGUAUUUGCUGAGAAAAAAAACCAAAGCACUUUGUAUGGUACUUUUACAGUUCUGCACUUCCAGUACAGUUGAACAUGUAUAACAUGACUUUUUCACUGUUUUUUCUGUCGGAAAAUGGUGUGGCGGUUGAGUUGAAUUGCACGGGUCGCGCAAUGUUGGAGGGACUGAAAUUGUUUUAUUUGUUCUUUUUAUAAUUGACUGUACAAACAAAAAAAGUGUUUUGUUGAAAUUCACGACAUUGGCUGCAGGAUGUGAAGACGAGUAUAGAGAACUUAGCCUGUGGAGAAACCUGUUUUUAUUUUAUUACCAUGAAACAUCAUGUUUCACUGGGUUAACGAGCUGAAAGGUUUCUCUUUUUGACGCCUUAUUUUCAAACUUGGGAUUUUGUUUCUGGUCAUAGACGUGUUCACUGACAUGCUGGAGUAAAUGCAAAACGUGUGCAAUCCUUUUCUGUAGCUAUAAACAGCACCACACAGACCAACACUCAAGGAUGCCUUCAACACUAAGGACUAUUUAACAACGGCUUAAGCAGCACAACAUGCAAAGAUUCCGUCUGUCUCUCUGCGUGUCACUAAUUGUUUGAUUUUGUACAUUUUCCUCACAGUGCUUCAUGUACAGUUUUAUUUAUUACUUCUUUACUACUGUCAGAAACGAUGGAACCGUAGACUUUUUUUUUUUAGUCUGGGGUGUAGUACUUAUGUGUAGCUUGAUGUGUGAGAAAGUCACACAGGACAGAUUUCCACUAUUAACUCAGCUUUUUUUCCUUCUCGUUUCAUUUCUUUAUGUCUGCAAAUAACAUUAUACGUAAGCACAAAUACUCACUUUCAUGUUUUCUCUUGGUAUGAAAAUAGUUUAGCGACAGAUUUCCGUCUGAGUUUUCUAAAGCAUCACUCAUCUCCUGUCUUCCUCUGUUCCCACCGAUCGGGUCGGAUCAUGUACUCAUGAAGGAUCUUACAGUAAGAGGGCUGAUCUGAGACCUUUUUGAAUUUAUGGUGAAGAUAAUAUAGUCACACGGCCUCAAGUCAUCCUAGCUCAGUGUUUCUGUUUUUAGAGACUUUAUGGGUCAUGAACUAAGACUGCAGCUUUGACAAUCGAAACUCUGCUGUUUAACUGCGGGUGUGUUAGCCCUCACUCCAACUAGAACUGUAUGCCUUGCCAAUAAAGGAAAAGCUCUUCACUCUUU